AUGAGCAACAACGAUCUUAAGAUUGUCUUUGGAGCCAUGUCUCUAGGCAAGCCGAACACAAUGGGACCUCGUGUUCAUGACUUGGAAGUCGCAGGCAACAUUCUCGACACAUUUCAACGGCACGGCCACAAUGAGAUUGAUACUGCUCGAAUUUACGGAGGCGGCUCGUCUGAGGAGAUGCUAGCCUCACUAUCAUGGAAAGAGCGAGGCCUCCUAAUGGACACAAAGCUCUACCCAAACGCGGCAUCCGCAGCCUUAGGAGAAGGCUACACACACUCCCCCGAAGAUGUGCGGCGCGGAUUGACCAACAGCCUGCAGGCUCUCAAGACCGAAAAGGUCGAUAUCUUCUACCUUCAUGCCCCAGACCGCAAUAGUCCCUUCGAAGCCACUUUGCGAGAAGUCAAUAAGCUCCACCAGGAAGGCCACUUCACUCGUUUCGGUCUUAGCAAUUACAUGUCCUGGGAAGUCGCCCAGAUCUGCGAAAUCUGCAAAAUCAACAACUGGAUUGUACCAACGGUCUACCAGGGAGUGUACCAUGUACUCCAGCGCAGUAUCGAGGGCGAAUUAUUCCCCUGUCUGCGCAAAUACGGCAUCUCUCUCUACGCAUUCCAACCACUGGCCGGUGGUCUUCUCACUGGGCGUUAUACAAGGGACCAGACACAGUUUGAGCAAGGAUCGAGGUUCGAUCCUAAGAUUCUUCAGGGUACUGUUCAUCGAAACCGUUACUGGAACGAUGCUUACUUUGAUGCUAUUGGGUCUGUUCACUCUGUGGCUGUGAAGUAUGAGCUUACGGAUGCUGAGGUGGCGUUGAGAUGGUUGAAGCAUCACUCUCGACUGCAAAAGAAUUUGGAUGAUGCUAUUAUUGUGGGGGCGAGUAGUAUUAAGCAUCUUGAGGGGAAUCUUAUGGAUUUAGAGAAAGGACCUUUGCCUGAUGAAGUUGUCGAGGUCGUUGAGAAUGCGUGGGCUUUGGUCAAAAGCGUUGCACCGAAUUACUGGCAUUAA